AUGGCUGGAAACAAAAAGAAUGGCAGGCGUAAAAGACGUGACGCCACGACAGUCAGAGACCACGUACCGGGGCUCUUCCGGGAAGCCCUUGUCUACGUCAACUUUCGGGGGGCCAGGUCCGCUACAGCGUGGCGCCAACCCGACUUCCGCUUGUCCACUAUGCGUAUGUACGAAUACGUACGACUGAUUGUCCAGAGACGCCCACGGGAGCCGCGAGGCCCUGGAGACAGGUAUUCCAAGGACCCCGAACUCGUACACGCCAAGUACCACGCAUGA